UCUCACUUUCCUUAAGGCAAGAGGACGAGAUGAAAUUCCUUAUUCUUAGCUUGUCAAUUUUUGCUUUGGCCGAGGGACUCUAUAGAGUUCCUCUGAUCAAGGUCAAGUCUCUUCAUGAUAGACUAAGAGAAGAAGGCCGUCUAGCAGAACUGCAGCAGUUAAACUAUCAAGGCUCCUAUGAUGAAAAUCUUAUUAACUACAAAGAUAUGUCCUAUUUUGGACAAAUCAGCAUUGGAACACCACCCCAGACAUUUCACAUUCUCUUUGACACAGGAUCCUCACACCUCUGGAUUAAUUCCAUCUACUGCCAGAGUCAAGCAUGCCAAACGCACCCACUCUUCAACCCUCAAGAGUCUUCUACAUACUCAAGCAAUGGACAGCAUUUCUCUCUGAAUUAUGUCUCUGGAAGUCUAACUGGGGUCUAUGGCUAUGACACCGUCAGCCUUGGCACACUUACCGUACAAAAACAAGAGAUUGGUCUUAGCAUCACUGAACCUGGAAGUCACUUUGCGAGACCACUGCAUGAUGGAAUCAUGGGACUGGCCUACAAAAUUCCUGGAGGACCAACACCUAUUGUAGACAAUAUGAUUGCACAAAACCUUCUGGAGGAGCCAAUUUUUGCCUUCUACUUGAGCAACACUCCAGGACGUAACAGUGAAGUAGUAUUUGGAGGUACAGACCCAAACUACUACACUGGUGAAAUCUACUGGGUUCCAGUGGCUGUUGGAAGUCAUUGGCAGGUUCAGAUUGAUGGUUUUGAAAUUAAUCAUCAGGCAACUGGUUGGUGCAGCAGUGGGUGCUCAGCUAUUGUGGACACUGGCACGUCUCUUCUCAAAUGCCCCCAUGAAUUUGCAAACCAACUCUUUCAGCAGAUUGGGGUUCAGCCUGAUGAAAAUGGUGAUUACACUGUGGACUGCGGUAGCGUCAGUAGCUUACCACCCCUCACGUUCAUCAUGAAUGGACAUCACUUCCACUUGGAAGCUUCAUCGUAUGUUUUAACUUCAAGUGACAACUACUGCAGAGUUGGAAUUGAAAGUUCCAAGGAUGGUUAUCGAAAUGGGAUGCCUUUCUGGACUCUUGGAGACACAUUCAUAAGAGCAUUCUAUUCAGUUUUCGACAAGGGAAAUGCUAGAGUUGGCUUUGCCAAACUUGCAUAAACCACCCAUAUUUCUCACAUUUAAAUAUCUUCAAGU